AUGGAUGGAUAUACUCUCAUGAGUAGCAAUAAAAGGUUUUGGGUCAUUGACAGAUUUACUCACGAGUGCAGUAGUAAUGAUGUGACUGAGGAAGGUAUCCAAUGCAUGGAGGAUAAGGAUAUUUCCACCACACAAAAUCUGCUUAGUGACUGUAGCAAAAUACUUAAUAAUAAGAGACAGAAUUUAGUAACUUUCUACAAGAACUCCAGUCCUCAGAAAUUUAAAGGAAGUAAAGUAGAUCCUGAUAAAUUGUCUGAAGAUAGCAGCCUGUGCUGGACAUGCGAUCUCUGUGCUUUUCAAUGCUCCACCUACAAGAGCUUACUACAACAUGUAAGUGAUUUCCAUGCAAAGGACCGUAAGGAAGAUAUUUGUGAACCCACUGUAAGUCAUCUAGGUGAACCUUUCAAAAGUGUUACUGCCAAUGAGUUUCAACCUGAUAAGAGCGACAGUUUUGUAUGCCCAGAAUGUGGAGAAAUUUUCAGUAGUGUGGAGAAGUUUUCUGCUCAUGCAGAACAAAAAGGUCAUGGGAGUCUUCAUGGUUCUUGCUGGAUUUGUGGUAUUUGUGAAGCUGCUUUCUUUGAAGAGAAUGAGUUGAAUGAACACCUUGUUUUACAUAGUGCAGUUGUUGAUGAUGUUCCAAGGUCGGAUAACGAAGAACGCCCUGUAACCAUUCUUAACCAAGAAACUACUAGUGAUGUAAAUAGAUGUUUGGUAUCUGUAGAUGAAGUUUCCAAGAACAAAUACACAUCAAAUGAUAAAAUUGAGCCAGACUCAUCAGUAUUGGACAGUGAUCAUUUGGUUCAAUAUGAACAGUUCAAAAAUAAUUUAAAUUCAACCUAUGAGGACUGA